AUGGGUGCUUUUCUUUUGCUCGAAGGCCCCGGCGGCUUCGCACUGACGAGAUCGAUACUGUGCCCGCCCCGUCUUCCAGGCUCUCGGUGCAACAGCGAGUCGCCGUUUCAAACCGCCAGGACGAAUGUGUUGCCGAGUGCUUUGGUGCCUGGCAGCCGAGUGAAGUCGACUGGCACGCCUCGAAGAUCACGCCUGUCUCUCCCAUAUAUUGGCGUGCCCCUGGGGAUCAUUGGGUAUCACAGCAACGACACAGCGUCCAGCCCACCGCCACGGCAGCCCGUACCUACUAAAGCCAGACGUGCCCUCGGCCCAGCAGCUCGUGGACGAAUUGCUGCUGAGAAGACACAUCGCGCUGCCGAAUCUGUUGUGGAAUCGACCAUCCAAUUGCCAUCGAGCGCAUCCCGUCACGCUGCUGACCGUCACCCAGUACACAGAGAGUGGAGCGCACACACUGGUGGGGGAAAGGGAGAGCAUCAUCGCACGCAGAGACACCUCUUCUGA